CAGGUCCCUUAAAAAAAAUAGGUGGCGCUACAAUACCUAAAAUACUUGAGAAAAAAAUCUAAUCAUAGACAGCGCAAUUCACUCCGUCAAUAACUUUUUGGAAUUGGAACUAUUAUUUAUAGCUGACAGCUGGACUCUUUAGCAACAUAUGGAAGGUUGAGGUCAGGAAUGAAAUCUCCAUGUACCAAAAAAGUGUCCGUCAAAAAACCUUAAAUAGGUGGCGCUACAAUACCUAAAAUAUUUGAAAAAAAAAAACAUCAUAGACAGCGCACUUUACUUAACGCCUCUUAGCCAAUAACGCCUAGGUUCUUAGCUAUUCUAGCGCUACUCUGGAGAGUUUUUGAACUAUUUAUAGCUGACAGCUGGACACUUUUGCAACAGUUCUGCCUAUGGAGAUUGCAUUCCUUACCUCUACCUGCCAUAUUGCAACAGUUCUACCUAUGGAGAAUCUAUUCCUUGCCUCCACCUUCCAUAAUGUUUAUACAUCAAUUCAAUUCGUCAAUUUGUGUAAUUAUUUUUAUAAAUGCGUGUGUCCUGACAGAUUGACUGACUGAUUCAUCAACGCAGAGCUGAAAACUUACUUUACUCUUUGAAACAACAAAAGAAAGUUGAAAUUUUCACGCUAGGUGGCAUUUAUAAAGUGUACCCACAAGAGAUAAGAAGUGAUUUGGAAAAAUUUAACCCCUAAGGGGAUUAAAAAGGGGUUGAAUGUUUGUAUGUCGUUCAAGUUUCAUUUUAAGAUAGGAACUGGACACUUUUAGUGCCUUUGAGAAUUCAGUCCAUAAUAAGGUUAAAUAUAUAUUAAAAGGGGGUUGAAAGUGUGUUUCGGGGAAAAAAUCCACGCAGACGACGUCGUAGGCAACAGCUAGUUGUACGAGUAUUAUAAGUCAUCAUUUGAAUGAAUAUUCAUGCCAAUUUUUUUCACAUCACCUAUUCUGAAAAAGGCUUUUUCUUCCCUGCUAGGAGGUAUUAAAGUGGAACUUCACUGCUGGAAUGGAUCAAAGUAGCACUUUUCUAUUCUAGGGCUUUUUUGUCACUAAGUACAAAAUAAUAACACAAUGAAAUAUGAAAAUAGUAUGCAUAAUUCCAUACAUUUUUUUGGAAGCAAUUCUAAGUUUUCUAGCAGGUAAUCCUACCAACACUUACCUAAUGAUAUUUCUUAAAUUUAUGUUUCAGUACUCCUAUCGGAUUAACACUCCGAAUAUACAUAAUAACAAUGUGUUGUGCUAUAAUAGGUAUAUCAGAAACAGGGAAAACAGUCAUCCUUGCAGGAUAAACCUCAGUUAUGACUCAAAUGUGCUCUGCGUGACCCGUUACACAACAAGUAACAAAAUAAGCUAAUAUAUAUUAUAAGUUAUACAUUUCACUGUCAUAUAAUGUAUAAGAUAGUGUUUUUAUUGGUUUUCUCGGUGAAAGUGUUUGCAGAUACAGGAAUUCAAUUUGAGAGCUAUUUGGGUAGCGUAGAACGUGGUUUAUCAUACCAACCGAUUAAAGAGGCUGGUGACAGUGCUGUUUUUCUAGCCCAAGAAACACGAAGAGAAUCUGAAUCCCGUACAUACGCAUCUCAAUCACCACUAAUUGUAUAUGCUGAUAUAAACUUUAUAACCAAUGGAGGUUCAAGUACACUUCAAUGUGAUAUUACACCCCCCGGAAUUAUACAAGUGUCAGACGGCCAGGAAAUAAAGUUUUAUGCUAAAACACCUACAGAGGUACACGACUUUGGGUGUACAAAUGACGACGGUACACCAGUAGUAUUUCCGAGCAUAAAAUAUGAACGCAAAGAUGGAACCAAACGAUUAUGGAGUUUAAAUAAAUCAAUACGGUAUUCUCAAGCUGAAAUCGGCAAAUACUGCUUGUGUUUUUACAAAAUAAAGGAACCGUAUGAAACGAAAGUUAUUGCACAGAAAGACUCUGAAAAUCACAUCCAUGGCAAUUUCAAAUUGCAGUUCCAAAUGAUUGAAACACCUACUGUUUCCCUGAAGAUUAAGCAGUUAAAUAAUAAUUAUAUGGAAAAUCUGAUUCAAGGAUCGAAAAAAUACAAUUAUACAUAUACAUACGAGGAAGAGAAACAAUUUGACUGUGUGCUGAAUAAUCCCACAGAGAAUAAGGAAAAAUACAAAAUAUCUUAUUAUCUAGAUGGAAAACUGAAAAAUACUACAACAGUGACAGUAAAUGCCCACACAAAAGAGUCAUUAAAAUACACUUUCAAGCUUACGAAGGCUAACCAAACUAUUGUAUGUUCUGCGGUAGAUAUGGGUAAACGAAAGGGCACCAAAAACCCGAAAAUCGAAAUAAAUCUACAUUACAUACCACCGCCACCUGUGUUUCCUGUUAUCCGCAAACCAAAAGUGACUCCGGGGAAGUAUUUCCCUGAGAAUUAUACACAAAUAUACUAUUACAAUGUUACCGAUGAAGAAGACACUAAAUUCGAAUGUGCUUUGAGUGAAACAGAAGGAUACAAAUCGAAUAUCAAAAUGAUUUUAUAUUCUGAAAAGGAAUCGAAUGGCUAUGAACAAGAAGUGACGUUCAUCGAAAACAUGUUUUAUCUUGAGAAGGACAGUAAAAAUAUAAGUUGCGUGGCAUUGGACGCGGCAAGUCAACGCCCUCUUGUAUCUACAUUGGUACAACUACAGUACAGCCCGCCUGAACAUUAUGACUCAAGUACUAAAGUAGACCUAAGCAUUACUGGAUUACCUGACUCCAUGUGUAAAACAGAUAGCUCUGGAAAAAGCAUAGACAAAAUAUGCACUUACACAUUUAACGAACCGGAACUCAUUGGAACGACAAAACGAUUAGACUGCACCUUGAACGGAGGUAGUUAUGACUACAAAAUCACUUUCGGAGGUGAAGAAAAAACAGCCCCGAAAGGUACUGUGACAACGAUAUCUCAAGAAAAAACCCUUGAAGAAAAUAACGACUCGAUAAAAUGUAAAGCCAUCAGAAAAGAACAUUCUGGUUUUUCUUUUUCUGUUGUAUUACAUUUUAUCUACAUCCCGCCAGCGACUCCAUCUACUCAACAGGCAACACCGUUCACUGACAAAACUGCAAUUCAAAUGUCAUCGCCAUCAGUUUUAGAAAGCAAAAAUAUCGAGUCGCCGGCAGGGAAGGAAUGGUGGCUUAAAUUCGUGCUGGGAGGUGGCGCAGCUAUCAUUGCUCUUUGCGUCGUGGUGUGCGUAAUUAUUUAUUAUAGAAAGAAGAAACCCCAGACUGACGAUUUAACCUACGCUAACUUGACCAAAGAUCAGAAGAACUACGCGACACUACCAGUGCCAGCACCGAGGACCUUGCAGAAGGAUGCCAAGCCGAAGGUGACAGUUGAGGGCACCUACAGUGAGCCAAAGGACUCCCAAGACAUGAGCGAAGCCCUAUACGCCGACCCGAACCGUUUCAACGGUUCCGAGACCUACGCCGAACCGUACGUCAAAUCCGGUUCUAAUCCGUGUACUUACGCCGAACCGAACAAGGCAGAUUACGCGGAACCUUACAUGCCUAAGGAAGGGAAUUAUGCUGCAAUCGGAAGUCAAUCGGAAGGAGGUUAUGCUGCAAUUGGUAAAUCAGAAGGAGAAUAUGCUGCUAUAGGCAAUGAAGGAGGAUAUGCGUCUAUAGAUAAUUCUGAAGGAGGAUAUGCUGCUAUAGGUAACUCUGAAGGAGGUUAUGCUGCAAUUGGAAACUCUGAAGGAGGAUGUGCUGCAAUUGGAAAAUCAGAAGGGAGUUAUGCUGCAAUAGGUAACUCGGAAGGAAAUUAUGCUGAAAUUGGAGCUAAAUCAGAAGGAAAUUAUGCUGAAAUUGGUGCAAAUAAUGACAAUAAGGAAUUGUACGCAAAACCUAUUCCUAAAGCUCAGAGACCAUUUAAGGCGAAAGAUGAGUCGGAUUAUUCAAACGUUUUUAAGGAGCUGUACGCGAAUGCGAAAAAAAAGUAAAGAUACUAUUGUAAAUUUUUAAUAGAUCUUUGAAUGUAUCUAAUAGUUAUUUACGAUACAAGUGUGAAAAAUAGGAAAUUCGUAACGAGUGGCGAUAAACCUAUUCGCACGUGUACCGUACAAAGUUUUACAGUACAUAUGGCUCUUUAAAGUUUCGACAUAGUUACAUAAUGUGCUAAUUUCGCACUAGUGUGGAAAAGUAGCACCAUAUGUACUGUAAUAGUACAUUACGACACAAGUGCGAAAAAUAGGAAAUUCGAAACGAGUGGCGAUAAAUUAAAACACGACUGAAGGGAGUGUUUUAAAUCGACACGAGUUGCGAAUUACUUAUUCGCACAUGUAUUGUACAAAGUUUUACAGUACAUAUGGCCCUUUAAAUCUUCGACAUAGUAACGUAAUAUGCUAAUUUUCGCACUAGUGCGGUAAAGUAGCACCAUAUUUUUUUUUUAUAUACUACGUCGGUGGCAAACAAGCAUACUGCCUGCCUGAUGUGACCAUAUGUACUGUAAAAUAUAUUUUUUAUUUAUUUAUCUGGAGAUGAUGAUUUUGGGUCAUUUCAUUUGUACUUUUUUUGAUCUAUAAUUAUUUUUAUUGUAACAGUAUGCUAAUUAACAUUAUAAGUACUUAGAAUCACCGGAACCGAAUCAGCUUUCCAUACAAAGACCCACUAGAGUACUAGAGCCAGUCCAAACUAGUGACAAUAGUUUUAGAUUCAGAAUAAAAUCAGGCCGCCAACCCUACCAUUGGGUAGCCAGAUUCGGUAAAUAUAGAAUGUUGUACAAUAUACAGUCGCUAUCAGAUAUAUCGGAGCGGCCAAGGUGGUCACAAAUAUCUAAACAAAGCCUCUAUUAUCAAGUCGUUAAAGUGCUUGUUCAGUACCCCUAGUGUAAAUUAAUUCGAUUUCGAAACGUGACAUACGCGUUUGCGUUUAGUCUCAUUUUAUAUUGGAUUUAGAAAGAGCGCGCCAAGCGGGACGUUUUGGAAACUCAAAAUCCUAUACAAAAUGAGACUUAACGCAAACGCGUUCGUCACGUUAUGAUGUCGAUCAAAUGUACACUAGGGGUACAGAUAUAUUUGAGUACCUUGGCCGCUCCGAUAGGUAUUAUUUCAAAUUCUCUUUGGUCACUAUUGAGUAAGCUAGGAGAUUAAAACUGCUUGUUGUGGUACUAGCAGGACAGUUGGGGUGCUGCAGUGUUCGAUUCUGAGAAUAUAUACCCUGGAAUAAUAAAUAAUGGGAAUAUA